AUGGCAGACCAGGCUGAUCAGGAUCAGUGUAAUGGCGAUGCCGUUGAUGUCGGCUACUUCGGCCUGCGCAUUGCCUCUAUUUUCAUCAUUCUAGUGGCCUCUGGCGUCGGUGCUUUCGCGCCCGUCAUUCUCGCCAGGCAAUCUAAGAUCCCAGUUCCGAAGUUUGCUUUCUUUGUCUGCAAAUACAUUGGUACGGGUGUUAUUAUCGCCACCGCAUGGCUGCAUUUGCUCGACCCUGCCGUUGCGAACCUUAGCGAUGCAUGUCUGGAGCCCAUGUUGGGAGACUACCCUUGGCCGGAGGCCAUCGGGCUCUGGACGGUCCUGCUCAUGUUCUUUUUCGAGAUGUUGGCUUCAAGGUCGCUGGACAGCCACGGCAGCCCAUCUACAGCUCAGAAAGAAUUCGAAUUGGACCCUGCCAUGGACGUCGUUGCUAAAAGCUCAGCCAAGGACAGCUCAAGUGCUGCUGAGAGGGGAGAACAUGAUGGCCCCUUGAAUGAGCCCCACGACCAUCUUGCGCACAGGCACUCCCAUGAGGAGGGAGACUCUCACCCUAACGUCGGAGGUCAGCUUCUUGACAUAUUCAUUCUCGAGUUCGGUGUCCUCUUCCACAGCGUCUUCAUUGGUCUGACUCUCGGCACCACCGACGAUGUCAUCGUCCUCCUUGUCGUUCUUGUCUUCCACCAGAUGUUUGAGGGUCUUGGUCUGGGCUCUAGGCUUGCUGUUGCACCCUGGCCCAAGGACAAGCAGUGGCUGCCCUACCUGCUUGCCUUCUGCUUCUGCCUUUCCACCCCCAUUGGCAUCGCUGCUGGGGUGGGCGCCAAGCCAAACAACGCCAACACCCAGAAGCUCGUCAACGGAAUCUUCGAUUCUAUCUCUGCCGGUAUCCUCAUGUACACGGGUCUGGUCGAACUCCUCGCCCACGAGUUUAUGUUCAACCCUACCAUGCGCAAGGCUUCGCUUAAGGUGCUUUUGUUCGCCUUCGCUUGCAUUGCCUUUGGCAUGGCCAUUAUGGCCGUUCUUGCCAAGUGGGCUUAA